AUGAACAAAAUCCAGAAAACCGCCGUGCUAUAUCACUACCCUUGCCCAGAUGGCGCCUUUGCCGCUUUGGCCGCUAAUCUUUACUUUUCUCACUGCUCAACAACCAUCGCCACCGCCGCCACCGCUCUCUUCUUCCCCAACACUGUAUAUUCGCCUCUGAGGGUUGAGGAUUUGCCUCUGAAUGAAAUCAACCUUGUUUAUCUUCUUGAUUUUGUGGGUCCUCCUAGUUUCAUUCAAGAGCUCUCUUCCAAAGUCGAUCAGAUUGUGGUCUUAGACCAUCACAAAACUGCACUUGAGAUGCUAGGUUCAGAGACUUCAGUUAGUGGAAACGUGAUUAAAGUGAUAGAUAUGAAGAGGAGUGGAGCUACUAUUGCUUAUGAUUAUUUCAAGGAAAAGCUCUUACAUGGGCACAUUAAUUGUGGCAAAGAUGGUAAUCAAGAGGGGCUUCAGGAAUUUGAUAGAGUAAGGAGACUUUUUGAAUACAUUGAAGAUGGCGACUUGUGGAGAUGGCGUCUUCCUAGUAGUAAAGCAUUUAGCAGCGGUUUGAAGGAUUUGAACCUUGAAUUUAAUGCCAGAUUGAACCCUUCCUUGUUUCAACAGUUGUUAUCAUUGGACCUUGAUUCUCUCAUACGUCGAGGUUUGGAGAGCUUAUCACACAAACAGAGGCUCAUUGAUGAGGCUCUUGAGCAGUCAUAUGAAAUUGCACUUGGUGGUGGAGCAUUUGGACGUUGUCUGGCCGUUGAUGCGGAUUCCAUAUCUGAGUUAAGGAGUGAGCUUGGAAAUCAGUUGGCAAAUAAAAGCCGUAAAAGCAACUUGAGGGGAAUUGGAGCUGUUGUAUAUAGAGUACUAGAGCUUGAAAAUGAUGAACUGCUGAAGAUAAGCCUAAGAAGCAUUGAUAGUGAGGAUACAACCCCAAUAUCACAAGAAUACGGAGGUGGGGGGCAUCGAAAUGCUAGUUCAUUCAUGUUAAAAAGUGAAGAGUUUCAGACGUGGAAAUCUUAG